CGGGCAGCUCGCACACGGAAAACUGGAGGUUGACAGGCGGUGUGGUCGGGGUUGUAACAUGUUACCCUCAGUGGUGAGAAGGUGGCUGAACAGACCCAAGAAGUCUGAUCCACGACUGUUGGCGAGGUUUUUCUACGUAGAUGAAGACGUUAAUGCGGUUAUGCAUGACUUGCGAUGUUUGGAUAUAGAGAAGGAGCCUGCAAGUUACCUCAUAGUACUCACACAGCUGCAUAACACCCAGGAUCGCAUGUUACUUCUCUUUGAGCAAAUGUUGGAACAAGUUGUACCGAAAAAGCGGCGACCGCGAGAUUACUAUUGGAAAUUCCCAGAUGAUAAUAUGCCUGGUUACAUGACCACUCAUCUCCUGUUUGCAGCAGAGCUCAUGGUUGGUGGUACAUAUGUUGAGGUAGAAGAAACAGAUGGAGAAACAAUACGUCCUUUAGCACAAGAACUGCUGCGCAGUGUUGUGAACUUGCGGAGCAUAUUGAGAGAACAAAGCCUUGAGGAUCCUAGCAUAUACCCAGAGCAAGCACAAAGGGCACUCCUGCGAUAUGACUACCUGUGUGCAGAGUUCGAGUUACGCUAUAUGUCACUGGUGUCAAACGUAAAGACUCCUGAAGAAAUCUACGAGCAGCAAGAAGUUGCUGUGCUUUUCUGUGAGACCGUUUCUAGAGCUUUGCAAAAGGGAUACAUAACCCAGGAAAUGAUUGAUGACUAUGAACCUGAGCUAAUGAUUUCUAUCCCACGCUUGGCUAUUAUUAGUGGCCUGCUGAUUUAUCCAGAUGGUCCCUUGAGUCUCCAGAAACAUCCAGAAGAGAUGUGUGAGUUGUUCAGCCCAUUUUACACCUUGUUGAAAAAAAUAAAGGAACUCCUUUUAACCCUUACAGAGGAUGAACUUUUUUCUCUAGAAAGAGCUCUGUGCUCUUCUUCCUCUAAAGACACCUCCAUACAAUUAUCUAAUCACUCGGAAUCUCCUGAUGCGUUGGACAUCCCAAGCCAAAGCAAGAAACAACCAGAACCUAAACUUUGUUCUGUAGAUCUUUCGCCCCAACCUGAAAGCAAGGAAGAAUCUUUGCAAGAGUGUUCUGGUGCUUUAGCAAGUGAAACGAACAAAUGCUCUUCUACAGACAGAAUUCCGCAAGCCAGCUCUGUGUUGGUAGCACCACUUGACGACACACAAAUAAGCACCGAUACAUGCAACCCCAGUGACCAGGAUAAAUCAUCCUCUGAAAAUCGAACAUGUGUCCUGAAGCCAACUACAAUAGUACAGUGUGUCAUGAAGAGAACCUCAGAACGCCACAGACUACAUGCCCGGAAAUCACGAUAUCAUGAUGUACGGUCCCGUUAUCGCAGUGAUGGCGAUAUGCUGCAUCGUCUGUUUGUCUGUAUUUCAGGUGUCGCUGACCAAUUACAGACCAACUUUGCAAAUGACCUUCGUAAUAUUCUCAAGAGUGUGUUUGACGCUGUACGCUCCAAACAAGAGGAUCAAGAAAAAACUGCAGAAGAUGCAUUCCGUUUACCCAGCUGUGCCCUUUGUCAGAAUCCGGAACAUCCCAACAGAGGAGUGGAUCCUGCCUCUCCAGAGUGGGUCCCAGAUAGUGCCUGCAACCAAUGUACAACGUGCUGCGCGCCUUUCACUCUGCUGCGGAGGAGACAUCACUGUCGCAGCUGUGGAAAGAUUUUUUGUUCACGCUGCUCUGCAUACACUACUUCUCUGCCACACCUACCAAACUCACAGCCUGUUCGAGUGUGCUCCCAUUGCUUCCAUGUGCACUGUCGAUUUCAAAGCAGACAUGUAGAGGGGGCAUGGUUCCAGGACUGAUAUUUUUACGUACUGCGAUAAUCUGGGACAGAACUGGUGUCUGCCUCACUUAAAACCUCUACAACCAGCAAAAAUUGCCAAAAAAGCAAUUCCCGUUGAUUUUACAGGAAAAAGACUUGGAUAUUUUUUUUUUUAACGUUUCUUUUAAACCGUUUCUACCUUAUCUGAAUAUAGGUGCCCUCAAUAUGCUGCAUCAUUUUUUAAACUGGUUAUUCUUGCAUCUCUAAACUUGAAUUUUAUUGUUUUAUACACCUGAUCCUUACUAAUGUUUAUUUGAAAUUGAACAUACUUAUUUUUUUAACAAUUUAACUGCUAAUGUCCAGUUGUAUGUUUUGUUUUUUUUUUUAAAUGUUCUUUUUGGGGUGGAGGGAGGUGGUGACCUAUGCACUAAAUUGUAGCCAAGAAUGUGAUGAUGUGUUAACAUGCAGGCAUUUUAAACUUUGUACUGCUAUAAAAACUGCAUUUUCAGUCAAAGGUGGGUAUCUUUGAGACAAAUUUAUUUAAUUGCUGCUUUUCGACUGGCAAAAUGUAAAUGUUUACAUGGGUCUUUUGGUUUUUCUGGGACACAUUUUACAUAUUCUGGUCAUUAAUGCACAUUCAAUAUUUUUGCCAUAGAGUAUAUUCUCACCAAUAUGUUACCGUAAUAUUAAAUUUUACACUUUAUUUUUUUUUAUUUUAUAUACAUUGACAACUACACCACCCCGCCACCACAGGGACAAAAUAAUUUGACAUUAAAUUGGCAGCGGGUUAUUUUUUUUUUUUUUUUUUUAAACAUUUUCUUUUUCUGGGUAUUCAUGUAAUAGUUGCCAAAAAUCAGACUUAAUUUCUGAGACGCUUACUUGUGAAAUUUCAAAUAACAACAUGGUUUGAGUUUACAUUUUAUCUUGUAUAUCUUUUAAUAUUAAAAUAGAAACUACCUGAAGAUAUUUCCUUAGUGACUAAUAAUCAUAAUUGGUAAUCUUUGCAGAAGGGGAAUAUAUAGAAAAUAUCCAUGAGUU